AAGGCAAAUGUCGCGAGAGCAUGACGGAAUUCACAAGCUUUUAACUGGUGCUCUGUUUACGAGUGAAUGGCGUGCGUUUGCUGUUCCAUGAGUAUUAUUUGAUGACGUGCAGAUAAAUGUGAUACCUAACCAUUAACUCCAAAGAUUUUGGGCUUCACGGUGGCUCAUUUUGAACCGCACCAGCCGCUUCAGGUCAAAGGAUGAUCCGUGUAGCGUUCUUAACAAUGCUAUCCUUGGCUGGGUCUGGUGCUUUGAGGGUUGACGACAAACCAGGAUUUUCUUACUGCAAAACACCUCACCUAGCACAGAUCGACAGAAUAGAGGUGUCAGGCUGUAACAAAUGGCCCUGUUUUAUUGUACCAGGUCGUUCUGGGACUUACUCAAUCACCUUUACAUCAAACACUGACCAGGUUAUCACUAACAUGCACAGUAGCAUUUACGCUUGGGUUAGACUGAGCAUUCCAACCAUCGGGAAACGUGACCCUACUAGGGUGGCUAUGCCGGGAGAGACGAAGAAACCCUUGUGCCCCUUCUCUGCCCCUCAGUGCCCUGUGUUCCCCGGUGUCCAGACCACAGUUACCAAGUCCAUCACCAUACCACCACAAGCACGUCUGGCAAAGAGUCCGAUGUUGGUUGAGUUCCAAAUCCAGAAUCAGAAUGGCCAAACAGUCACCUGUUUUAGAGCUCCAGUAAUAGUUGGAUAACUACUGCUGAUCACCAAAUGAUACAAGUAAUUUUUAUUGCAUUAUGUCUGUUAGUUGUCCAGAACUGGUAGAAUCAUCCAUGAAUUCUGAAUUCAUUACUGUACAUCAGAAAAUAAAAUUGUAAUGAUAGCCUAAGUAGAUCACAACAACAGAACUAUUUCACUGGCCAUCAGAGACAAUGCAGGGUUGUGAAUUGUAUACUGAUGUAAUUGUGCUAAUGAUAGAACUUGCUUUCUGUCUGACUAAAUUGAUAAAUCACGGUUGUGAGCUUCAAUUGUAUAAUUUUAAGAUUAUUGGGUAAAGUGUUAUAGUAAUGUACUUAAGACUUAGUACAAUAUUUGCUACAACUGUUUUCGUGAUCUCUCAAAAUGUGCAGUCCACAGAUCAUUAUGACUCCUUACAGUCAUCCCUUGAAUCCAAGCAAAGUGUUACGAUGUUGUAAUGGUUUUAUAUUGUGGAUUCACUAGGCAUCACAGGCAAAUAGCACUCACAGAUCAUAUGGCAUAAAAUAUAUACUGUAUGUACAGCAGAUGCACAAAUUACAGUAGAACAGUAAAUUAUACAUUAGUAUUGUACAAUAGCUGUACCAUACUGUAGUUGGAACACCUCCCCCAUUCAUAAAACAAAAAGAUUAUUUAUGUACAAAAUCAGUCUUCCUCUGUCUCUGUCUCUGUCUCUGUCUCUCUCUCCUCCAAACUCAUGAGUGAUCAGAUUCAAACCUCAGCAACAACCUGCUAUGGCAGCUUUAAACUGAAAUUCAUUUCUUUGGGAUGACUCUUACCUACUGGUAAAGAUAGUCUAUAUCUCUACGCUGAUAGGCGAGGAGAUAUAAGCUAUCUUUAACAUUAGGUAAGUUUCCAAAUAAUAAAUUGUAUUAUGAAAAUUUAUAUUUCUUUGAACAUGAAACCUACAGUGACGCAUUGAUGUAUAUUGAGCAGCGAUGUUGCAAGACCACUUGGUACCAUAAAGAACAGUAGAAAAUUGGUAUAUGUAAAUUAUGAUCAUAUACCAAUUUUAUCAUAUACCAAUUUUAUCAUAUACACUGAUCAUGGAAAUCUAAAGUGGUUUACCACUGAUCAAAGUCCUUUAGGUAAAAUUCCUUCGUGAUUUGAACAAGUACAUAAAGAAAAAUAUGAUCAUUGAUGGGACAGCAGCUUUUGCUCUCCUGUGUUAAUGAUCAAAUUCCAAGUUGAGAAAUUGAAUGCAUCACCAGGUGAAAAGAGGUUGGAGGCUUCCUCCUCACCCAUCAAGAUGGAUGAUCCUGAUGCCACCAAUUCCUUGCAUCACAAUUUUUAAUUGUUUUUACCGGUUUUCCAACCAACUGCUGCUAGAACUAUCCUAAAGUUAAGACCGUAGGUUUGUACCUGUGAAAAAUAUUAAUUGAUUAAAAAUUUGUCAUAAUAAUGUUUAUUUUUUAGUCAGGAUAUAGUAUGUUUUUCUGAAUACUUUUAUACAAUGUACAAAUUCUUUCCAUUAUGAAUAAUAUAAUGUGUAUGCAGAUUCUGUACAAAGAAAUCCAUUUGUAAAGAUUUGUAUAUGGAUUCUGUGAGUGAAUGUUUUCUUUUUUUCUUUUUAAGAACUAUUUUCUUAUAUAAAAUAAGCUGUUAACCUUCAUUCAUGAUCCUGCUAAUUCCAUUUUUAACCAAAUUUUCCCAUUCCAGUAAUGUUGUCCUUGUUAUUUCUCCUUUUUCUCCUUCUGUACCUUGUGUAACCAAAGCUGUCCAGUACUACUCUGAAAUUUUUCAAUUCAUUUGGUAUUGGACAAGCAUGAAAACUACCAAAAUUAGUUAUAGCUGGAAAUACACUUAGUUAAACUAAAA